AUGUCUCAAUAUGAAUCAAACAAAGAGUCUAAAAGAACUAAGAAGGUUGGUAUCACUGGUAAAUAUGGUGUCCGUUACGGUUCCUCUUUGAGAAGAGUUACCAAGAAAUUGGAAAUCCAACAACACUCUAAGUACGACUGUACCUUCUGUGGUAAGAGAACCGUCACUAGAGGUGCUGCUGGUAUCUGGACCUGUAAGAGCUGCAAGAAGACCACUGCCGGUGGUGCUUACACUGUUUCUACUGCUGCUGCUUUCACUGUUAGAUCUACCAUCAGACGUCUCAGAGAACUUGCUGAAGCUUAA